ACACUAGUUUUCCUCAUUUAAAAGCCUAGUUAGCAUAUGACAGUCUCGUUUCCGGGGAAGUCAAACCUCUACUGCUUCUUUUUAUAACAUUUAAGUUAAUUCAGAAUCCAGAUAAGCCUUGAUCUGAGGACGAUAUAACCACAGCAAGCAACAUGGGAACCUCUAAAGAAAUCAGGAAAGCUUCACAAAACAUGGUGUGAUGUCUACAGGUGGAAACAGGCCAUGAGGUCCGGGGAAGAAGGGAUGGCCUGAUACAGGGACAAUGAAGAUGCAAUGUUGAAGAGUAAGCUGGAGGAGAGAAGCAACAGGCACCAUGGAAAAAACCAAAACAAAGCAAGGAGAGAAUGAACAUAAGCCGAUGAAUAAUCCUUCCACACAGAUUUACCAGGCUUCGAAGUACAAGUCUUCCCUGCACCUGCCUCCAGUGGGAGCCCGCCUCCAGCGGCAGGAUGGAGGGAUCAUAACCUCUCUAGAGCAGCUUCAUGAAAAAAUCAACGAGAUGAGGAACGUGUUCAACUCGCUGGAGAACAAGUUGCAGGCUCUAGCCUCUGAACUCAAAACUGGCUUCACAGAAGCAAUGCAAGAACUGUCAAGAAUUCAACAUGGAGAAUAUGCUUUGGAAGAGAAGGUUAAGAGCUGCAAAUGUUCCAUGGAAGAAAAAGUCACUGAGAUGAAGAAUUCGUUGAACUAUUUUAAGGAAGAGUUGAGUAAUGCCAUGUCAAUGAUCCAGGCCAUUACUUCCAAACAAGAAGAAAUGCAACAGAAAAUUGAACAGCUUCAACAGGAGAAGCGAAGAGAAUCUCGAAAAGUUAAAGCCAAGAAAACUCAAAAAGAAGAACAUGGCUCACAGGCCGGACCUGCUCAAGCACAAGGAAGUCCUUUCCGUUCCAUCAACAUCCCUGAACCUGUUCUUCCAAGUGAAGACUUUACAAACCUUUUGCCUUCUCAGGCCUAUGAAAAAGCUCAAGAGGCCAGAUCCAUGCAUGUAGCAGAUAGCAAUGUGAAGGGCAUGAUGGGUCCUGGAAUGAACCCAACAACUCCAGAAGCAGAAGAAAACCUUAAGACUUGCCUCUCGGCUGAUAUCCAACACAAGGGCCAUCUUCCACCUGGUGUGUGGAGGCAGCCAAAGGAUAGUAAAGAAUGGGGUGAAGAAUAUGUCACGAAAGACCACCCAGAUAAACUCAAGGAAGCUGGCCAGGGCAGACACAGCUCCUUGGAAAACAUUUUAUGUGAAACCUCUUUAGCUGCUAAAAGACAGACUGUGGCUUUGGAACUGCUUGAAUCAGAAAGAAAAUAUGUCAUUAACAUCUCUCUGAUCCUGAAGAUCAAGGCAACAUUCCAGGGGUCAGAUGGAAAGAGGAAUGCCAAAGAGAGAAGCCUCUUCCCUGGCUCUUUACGGUACCUUGUCCAGCAGCACCUGGAUUUGCUUCAUGCUCUGCAGGAAAGGGUCUUGAAGUGGCCACGCCAAGGGGUCCUUGGAGAUUUAUUCCUUAAGUUAACAAAUGAUGAGAAUAAUUUUUUGGAUUAUUAUGUUGCUUACCUGAGGGACCUGCCAGAAUGCAUCUCUUUGGUUCACGUGGUUGUUCUGAAGGAGGGUGAUGAAGAGAUUAAGUCUGACAUCUAUACACUGUUUUUUCACAUAGUUCAGCGCAUCCCUGAAUAUCUGAUACAUCUGCAGAACGUCCUGAAGUUCACAGAGCAGGAACACCCUGACUAUUACCUACUUCUUGUGUGUGUUCAACGCCUGCGAGUAUUUAUCUCACACUACACCCUGCUGUUUCAGUGCAAUGAGGAUUUGCUUAUUCAGAAACGGAAAAAACUCAAGAAGUCAUCCAUGGCGAAGCUGUACAAAGGGCUGGCUUCCCAGUGUGCAAAUGCCGGGCAAGAUGCUUCUCCCACUGCAGGCCCCGAGGCUGUCCGUGACAGUGGGAUCCACUCCGAAGAGAUGCUGCAACCCUACUCUCCUGCUCCCAGUUCUGGCCCUGCUGUCACACAUUUGAUGCCCCCAGUGAAGAAAAGCCAACAACAGCAAAGCUUGAUGGAGAGCAUGCAGCCCGGAAAGCCCAGUGACUGGGAGAUAGAGGGCAGAAAGCACGAGAGGCCUGAGAGCCUCCUGGCGCCGGGGCAGUUCUGUGCCGCCGAGCAGGACGUGAAGGCGCUCGCUGGGCCCCUGCAGGCCAUCCCGGAGAUGGACUUCGAGCCCUCUCCGGCCGAGCAGCUGGGCAACGUGGAGCGCUCCCUGCGCGCCCCGGCCGAGCUCCUGCCCGACGCCCGCGGCUACGUGCCCGCGGCCUACGACGAGUUCGAAUACGGCGGCGAGAUCUUCGCGCUGCCCGCGCCCUACGACGAGGAGCCCUUCCAGGCGCCGGCCCUCUUCGAGAACUGCUCGCCCGCCUCUUCCGAGUCCAGCCUGGACAUCUGCUUCCUGCGGCCCGUCAGCUUCGCCGUGGAGGCCGAACGGCCCGAGCACCCGCUGCAGCCCCUGCCCAAGAGCGCGACGUCUCCGGCGGGCAGCAGCAGCGCCUACAAGCUGGAGGCGGCGACGCAUGCGCACGGCAAGGCCAAGCCGCUGAGCCGCUCGCUCAAGGAGUUCCCGCGCGCGCCGCCCCCCGAGGGCGUGGCCCCGCGCCUCUACAGCACGCGCAGCAGCAGCGGCGGCCGCGCGCCGCUCAAGGCCGAGCGCGCUGCGCAGCCGCACGGCUCGGCCUCCUCCGCCCGUGGCGCGCCCAGAACCUUCUUUCCCCAACAGAGGUCCCAAAGCGAAAAGCAGACCUAUUUGGAAGUAAGGAGGGAGAUGCAUUUAGAAGACGCCACGAGAUUCUGUCCAAAGGAAGAAAGAGAAAGUGAACAAACAUCUUUCAGCGAUCAAAACCCCAGGCAAGACCAGAAAGGGGGCUUUCGCAGCUCCUUCCGCAAGCUCUUUAAAAAGAAGUCCAGUGGAUCAGAAUACAGGGAAAAAACUAAUGAGAACCCCUCAAUGGAUCCUUCACCCACCAAACAAGAUUUCUUCAGAAACCGACUUGCUCUUGCAAAUGACCUUGACCAAGGAACAGCUGUGUAAAACAUACUUACAGUUGUAUUGUCAAGUGGUAAGAUGAGGAUAAAAAGCUUGUAUAUAUCUGUGUAGGAAUAUAUAUAUAUAUAUAUAUAUUGAUGUAUAAAUCCCUGAGGAAAACUAAUAUAAAUACUUACAUAUGAAACUAUAUCAACAGACAAGACAUUGAAAAGAUGAAGAUUAGUCUGUGCUUGAGAGCUUGCUUUUUGAACAACACCUGGGAAAAGGGAAAUGAAGACUUUUCACAGCAUUACAGAAAAACACAAUAAAUUUGGAGGAAAAUAAACGUUUGUAAGAACAGAAACUUCCACCUUGAGGUCAUUCCCCCAGUAUAAUAUUGAGCAUGUUCAUAUUUAACAUGGAUGUGAAUUUUAUGCUUCCUAGGCAUUUAGUGUAUUAAUUCAUCCCAGUGUUCUCAGACUAAUAUACACUAUGUUAGGGGCCAGUUCUGUCUUGCCAUAUGUCUUUCAAAAACCCCAAGGCAAACACCUAACAUCCCUUAAGGCAAAGGAUCAGUUAAUAGAAUUGUACUUUACAUGUUGCAGAUAUGAAUUUUGUGGAAAAUUUGUGCUUAAACCAUGACACAGAAGGUUCAAAGCUUAAAGACAUAUUAAUCUCCAAAUACGAAAAGAACCUUAAGAGUAGUAUUCCUCUUGUUCUAUGGUUAUGAAAAUCAGUGCAGGGAACAGUGAUUUUUCUAGAAACUGGGAGGCCAGAGAAACAUUUUCCCUCACGUGGGUUGUGCUGCAGAUGGGAACGAAUCCAGAGUCGGUGUUUUAUUGAGUACUGAGGAUUCAAAGAUCCACCAGUGAUCCUGAGUGUCACACACACUCAUGACCAUAUGGACUGGGAAAAAGCACUGAUUUUGUCACCAACAUCAGUACUUCAAUGGCUUAUACACAGUGGUUGCUACAAACACCAAGUCGGAAUGAAAAGUCAGCGCUAGCGUUACCUUAUUCUAUUUUCCAGAAGUAAGUUGUAAAGAAAGGUCUUACAGUGCAGGCAGAGAAAUCAUUGCAAUGAGGCUUGCCUGGCUAUGGGGUCAAUAAAAUGUACUCUCUUUCCACAUAGGUAUGCCCAAGAUGGCCCACAUCCUUGACAUGCCCCAAACAUCAGAAUCGUAACAGAAAAAAAUUAGGUUGAAACAAUCUGUCUCUAUUUCUCAGCAGUUCUAAUUAGGGGCAUAGGUUACUAUUCAUUCAGAAUCUUGGUGCUCCAGCUGACUUCUCCAGAGGCUGUUCCUCUAGUGACUACUGUUUGAUAAAAUAGGGGAAGUUUCACUUGUGUUACAAGUUUUCUUCUCCUUGUCUGACGACUAAUUAGGAACCCAUCUAUUAGCAUUUGGAACAGUAGGAGUCUGGAACAGUUACAGGAUCACUGCCAACUUUUUGGAGUUUCCAAUAAUAUUUGAAGCCAAGCUUUUCAAAUUAAUGAACUCCUCUGAAAUUAGAUUUCUUUCUAUUAUCAGGCCAAAGAUGUUUUGGGGGACAGUGCUUAAAAGCAUAGUGUGAAAUUGACUGGACAUGAAAAGUGAAACAGGAGACAUAACCUCUUAAAUAAAAUGUAAAAAACAAAAUUUCUUUCCCCUUCAUAUUGUUUAUCAUAAAAAUGAUCAAUUACUGGGAUGGUUUCAAAAAUAUUCACAUACAUCCCAAAGUUUCAUUUUGAUAACACCCUUUGAAAAAUCUUGAUGCUACAUCUGUAGCACAACUCAAUUUAGUAAUAUUUUAGGAAAGUAGCCUAUAAAACUAGUAAUAAUUAAUGCUGCUACUCUCUGGGUCUCUAUCAUCUGAUAUCUGGAUUUUUUUCUGGUAGCUUUCUAACUGCCCCCAUCAAUCCCACACAUCUCUUAACAUGUGAAUAUUCCCAAAUAUUGCUUUGUGUUAAACUCUUUGACUGUUCUUAUUUGUCUGUAGUCAAAUUCCAAACUCUUUGACUUGACAUUCAAGGCUCUCUCUCUCCAGUGCAGCUCCAGGUUUUCUCUCUGGCUACCAGCUCCCUCUUUGCAGUGCUACUGAACUACUGUACCUCAGCUAAGCUGGGCUGUUACUGUUUCCUGGCAAGCCACGCACCUCGCUCAGGCUCACUCUUGCUUCAUGUCUUUACUCUGGCCUCCUUCCUCUCUGCUAAUGUUCAAGACCCAGUUUAAGCCUCCUCGUCUUUCCGUGGCCUCUAGUGGUGUAACUUGUCUAUCUUUUGAUCUGUGUCUUGUCUUCCCAACAACAAUGUAAGUCUCUGCAAGGGCAGGAGCUGUACCGUAUCUUUUGAAAUUCUUUCCACCUCUAGAAUUCUAGGUGCUUAGUAAGCAGUUGAUGCCAACAUUAAUGUUGGUGCUCUAAAAUAUAGAGGCCACAGAAAUUAAUUUCUACUCAUAAUUUGCCAAAGAGUUUCAGGGUUGUCACUUUACUUUCCUGCCUUUCAUUUUUCUUUUUUUUUUAAAGAACACUAUCAAUCGCAAAGGAAAUAAAAUACAGUUGUCUUCAGAAGCCGGUAAAGGCACCACACUGCCACUGUCACAGCAUCUAGCAUUAGAAAACAUCUCUCCAUUAAAAAUAAAAAAGUUUGCUACUCUUUUCUGUGCUGUACUGACCCAUUUCAUAAUCUUUCUAGGUAGUACUGUAAAUUGACAGAGGAGCUAGGAUAUUUAAUGAUAUUUAAUGUAAUGUUGCACUAGGGAUGAAGUCAGGGUGGGAAAGAGCUUUUGGCAAUUGAUAUAAAAUCUGUUGCCUCCAGUCCUUCCAGAGAAGGAGAGCACAGACAGCUCCUGGAAAUGUUUGAGUGAGUAAGCAGAGAGAAGCAUUCCACCAAAAGAUGAAGUGGCUAUUUCUGCACAGGCUGGCAGUGGCCACAGGUCCCUUCUGUGUUCCUGUGGGGUCUGUAUGGAACUCCAAGCAAGGAUUGUCCUGCUUUUCUGAUGCCAGAACUGGGACCUUGGAGAGCUGGGGAUUUACGGACGAACACUCUGGGGUUCCAUGUGGUGGGGUAUUUCAUCAUAUGACAUAGUUUGCUUGAAAUUACAAAGCCUCUUUCUUGCUCAGGGAAAACCCUUUGAACAGUGUUUCUAUAGCACCUCGUGUCUGUCAUAUUCUCUCACCUCCUUCAAGUCUGUACUAAUAUACUAUCUUCCCUAUGAGGGCACUUGUGAAAAUGCAGAUUCCUGGGUACUAUUUCAGUCCUACUCUACUGGAAUAUUUCAGAGCGGGGCCCAUGAAUCUGCAUUUUAAAUGCACUCAGGUGAUUCUUUGGCCCACUGAAUUUUUUGUUUUGUUUUGUUUUGUUUUGCGGUACGCGGGCCUCUCACUGUUGUGGCCUCUCCUGUUGCGGAGCACAGGCUCCAGACGCGCAGGCUCAGCGGCCAUGGCUCACGGGCCUAGCUGCUCUGCGGCAUGUGGAAUCUUCCCGGACCGGGGCACGAACCCGUGUCCCCUGCCUCGGCAGGCGGACUCUCAACCACUGCGCCACCAGGGAAGCCCGGCCCACUGAAAUUUUAAAGCCACUACUUCUUAGACCAAUAAAUUGAAUGAUUUAGUAUAUAAACCACAGCACUGAUUCUAAACAUAGAUUGAAUUUUAGGACAGAAUAAAGGAUUAUACUUACCUUGGGUUACAGAAAACUGAUAGUUCAUGAAAACCCAAAUGAUUCUUUUUGAAUUAUUUAAUUUACCAUCUGUGACCUUUACUAUUAUAUAUAGUAAGAUUUUGAUUAAAAAUAUACAUAUAUACAUGAUCAGUGUUUUUUAUAAUAAAGUAGUAAAAUUGACUAUAUAUUCUACAUAAUCAAUUGCAUGCACUUAGAAACAUGAUAAAAUGAAUGUCUUAACAUUAAGUUGUAUAAUAAGAUUAAGUCUAGUUUUCAGACUAGACUUUCUCUUGAAAUAUCACCAUAAAUAACUUUCUUCCUGAGCCUAAAACAGUAGUGCUCUGGGAACACUUGGGACUCUCAUAUCCUGAGAGCUGAUUUAAGUUAAAGACGUGCAUGCCCCACUCAGCCUGUGAGCAUCCGAAUAUCUAUGCAGAGAGGCCAGUGGAUCUCACAUGGUAGGGAGAGGUUGACAGAAAAACGGGUGAGAAAGAGUUUUUCAAAAAGGGAAACAGGUUAAAAAAAGGUUGAGAAAAUUGAUGGAGAGACACCUCUAUAUUUUAAGGGAAAAAAUUAGAAAUUGAUGUGUGACACUAAGUUUUAAACACAAGAACAUAAGGAUGUGCUGUAAGCAGUGCAGAAAAUAUUGUUUUGGAAAAUUGUCAGACAUUCAAAAUAGUCAAUAUUUUUGUACCUAAACCAAAUAACUUAUUUUCCAAAAUUUAUUGUUGCUUUCAAAGAGCUUAGUGUACAAUCUUUAAUGUUAUCAAACUUAUUAAAUAUCUAUAGAGAUGUUUUUAUUCCUUCUCCUUGCCUCAUUGCCUCCAGAGAUAGCAGCAUUCAGUGCUCUGAUUCUUAGCAAGAAGACUGAAUGUGUUGUGUUUCUUCCUCAUGUACGUAAACCUGUUCAUCUGAAGAUUGUGGGAUCUACGUGAAGGACUGCUGUGGAUCCCAUCUGUGUUUCUAAGUGUGUUGUUUCCACUUCACACUAGAUCGCAUCCCCUCUUCUCAUCAUCACAUUUUCCUUUUAAACUGGUGCAAACCCUUCAGCAUACAAACAGGCUCUUAUUUCUUUCAUUUUAAGCAAAAGAAACCUUCUCUUGAAGGUUCUAACUCUGUCGCAGUUCACGGCUUCCUUUUAUGUAAAACCUGAAAGACCAAACUGCUCCGAGUCUCUCCUCCCAUUCCUCAUUAAACUCACUCCACCCACAGCACUCCCCUUACUACUCUUGUCAAGGGCAUCAUCGGUGAUUUUCACCCUUGCUAAAUGAAUGGUCCAUUCUUAGUUGUUUUACUCCCCCAUCAAAUAGCAUUUGAGGCACUGAUCACUUCCUUCUUCGGAAAUAUCAGUAAUUUCUUCACUAGGCCUCAAGGAUGCAACAGGCUGCUGGUUUUCUCCUUCAUUCCUUCCUGGUCUACUUGUUCGGGAGUGAGGCGGCUCUCUCCUCCUUUUAAGGUUACAAAGCCCCAGGGCUCUUUGCUUAGAUCUCUUUUUUUUCCAGGCUGUACUCAUUUCUUUGGUGAUCUUAUCUGGACUGCUGGCUUUAAAAUAUGAUCUUUACAAAAGUGACUCCCAAUUUUGUAUCUUGAACCCCUAACUCUCCCCCAAACUCCAGACUCACAUCUCCAGCUGCCUCCUUGGCACCUCUCAGGUGUCUUAUAUAUUUAUUGAACUUAUCAUGUCCAAGCUUGCUUCAACCAAAUCUUCCCCACCUCCGUUAAUGGUAACUUUGUCCUUCCAGUUGCUCAGGCCGCUAAUCUGGAAGUUAUCCUUGACAAUUCUGUGAAACCCAACAUCCAGUCUAUCGGUGACCUCUUCUCACCACCUCCUCUGCUGUCACCCUGGCCGAUCUGCCUUCUAUUGGACCAGCUUCCCUAGUCCCACUCUUAACCCCUAAUUAUUCUGAACACUGCAGCCAGAGUGAUCAUGUUAAAAUGUAAAUCAGAUCACGUCACUUCUCUGCUCAAACCCUCUAAGGGCGCUAUUUCUCUCAAACAGAAGCUAAAGUCAUUAGAAGUAAUCUGGACCCAUUAAACCUCUGACGGCACCGCCUGCUCACUCAGUCAUUCCUCUCCAGACCAGUAGCUUCGCUAUUCCUCAGAUAUAUUAAGUAUAUGCUCCUGCCUCUGGGCUUUUGAAUUGACUGUUCCCUGUGACUUCACAUAUUUGUUUUCCUAGAUACUUGCAUGUCUCAUUCCUGCACCUCCUUCAAGUCUUUACUCGUAUGUCCCCUUCUCCGUGAGGCUGGCUCUCACCAUCCUGGUUAGGUUUCACUUCCCCUGCCCCUACAUUCCCAGUCACCUUGUCCUGCCUGCUUUUUUGUUCAUAGCAGUUACAACAUUCUAACAUAUAUCUAUUUGUUCUUAUUACUUAUUGUCUACAUUUCCUCACUAGAUUAUUAAUCCCACGAUAUGGAUUUUUGUCUGUUUUGUUCAUUGCUAUAUUCCUAACAUCAAAACUGUACCUGAAACAAUAAAUAUUUGUUGAAUAGUCAGAUGGGCCCUUAACAAAUGCUUAUAACUAAGGUCACUCAAAACCAAUUUAAGUGUAAACAUCAAAGGAAGCUGUAUGGUAAAGAAUCAAAUUAUGGGAACUUCAGGAUGAACCAUCAACCUCUUAAAAGAUAUCUAAAAGCAGGCAAACUCUGAAAACAUAUCCCUCAUAUCUUGUUACUAUUAAGUACUCACUCUGUGAAAGGCACUGGGUUUUAUACAUACUACCCUUUAAACCUCCCAACAGUCCCAAAGAGUAGAUCUAUUGACCUCAAAUAUUGAUGAAGAAACACAGACUCAGAUUAUUUAAAUAACUUCUCCGAAGUCACACAUCUAGUAAGUCAUGGGCCAGAAUGUGAACACAGAGAUUUGAUUCCAAAGCACCUGCUUGUUGUACUCCACCACCACAAUUUUUCCUUUUCUAGAUGAGUCAUGAAGGUACAGAAACCAGCUUCUAAAAAUGGGCUGUAGUUUUCUUCUUGCCUCCAAUAAGAAUCAAGAGCCCUAAAAUAGUAGCAUGACUAUAAACUGCUUUUUUGGAAUUGUACUCUAUCAAAGCCCUCCUUGCUACAUGCAUCUAUCUGCAAAAAGGUAGGCUCUGCUGGUGGCCGAACCCUAGAGUCUUAAGUGCCCUGAAUCUGUGAUGAGCUAGUGACUAAAAUAAGUAAAAAAACAAACCACCUGGUUAAAAUUGAAAAGAAGUGAUGUUUUAAGAGCAAAUUUGGAAUCAGGUCUGACUAAUCAAUAUUGUUAUUUUCCUAUAGCUUUUAAAUUGAUUUUCUAGAAUAUACUCAAUAAUACAUACUUGGAUUUCACAGUGGCCUACAAAUGGAAUUUGUACAAACUGAUGAUUUUGUGUCUUUAAACCAGGGGUGAAAAAAAAAAACAAAACAAUGAAUUUUGACUAGUCCUGAAAGCA